UUUUUUUUUUAACGAUUAAAAAUGGCUGACAAAACAGAGAAGUUCGAUACUUUGGAACAAAAACUUGAAUUAUUUAUUGAAAAUACUCGUCAGAUGGGGAUAAUUGUCAGUGAUUUUCAACCACAAGGACAGAAUGUACUUAAUCAAAAAAUACAGACAAUGGUGACAGAAAUGAAUGAGAUAGACAAACUGCGGACACAAGUUCCAGAUGUUCAUGUACCUCUUGAAGUUUUUGACUACAUUGAUCAAGGUAGAAACCCAAACCUAUACACAAAAGAUUGUUUGGAAAAAGCCCUUGCCAAAAAUGAACAGGUCAAAGGAAAGACGGACAGUUUAAAGAGAUUCAAAGCCAUGCUACUUUUGGAACUGUCCAAAGUUUUCCCUUCAGAAAUGGAGAUGUACAGAGCUUUAAAACAAGGCCGUGGACCAACAUAAAAACAUGGCAGUGGACAAAAAUACAUUUGUUCUGGUACUUUUUUAUAUGACAGCAGAGAUGUUGAUGUUGACAUGAUGACACAACUGAAGCUUAAAACAUGUCUGACUGUCGUUUACGGAACUGAAGAUUUUAAGAAAAUACUUCUCUGUUUGUCAUAUGCUCAAUCUCGGCUAAUGUUUGAUGAGUCUGUGGUGAUCAGGCUCAGGUAAAUGAAGACUAAGUCUGCAUCAAGUUAAAUAAUGUGAACAAGUUUGUACUGCAAGCAGUGAUGAGGGAACUCAAUAUAGAUCAUGACUUUGAAUUUAUUUUAUUCUUAUGAAUGAAAUCCUUGUAUAUAAAUAAAUACUUUUCUUUUACAACAUGACAUGGUGUUAAAUAUAAACCUCAUGUGUUUAUUGAAGACAUUGUAUUGUACCCAGUUGUGCUCUGACUAUUAAAUGGAAACAUAACUGUAGGAUAGUUCCUAUUUUGAUAACCAUAGUACAACUAUCUUAUCUUAUUUUAUAUGAUACAGACCCGUUACUUCAAAAAAGAAGAUUUAACUUCCUUGAAGUUGACAGUUUUAGCAUAGCAAAAAGUUUGCAAAAAGUUUGAGAUCAAUGGGUCCUAAUCUCAAGUGCACUAUGGCUUUCUCUUUUACUUGAAAGAGGCUAAAGAGACAUCUUAAUCUUUUACAAAAAAAUGUUUUUAUUAAGAUAAAUAAUCAUGUGUACAUUAAUACAAUUUCUCUGAACUAGGUUUACAUCUGACCUGUGUAUUAGUGUAUACCUAUGACUUGUUUACUGCAAUCAUUCUCCUGCCAACUUUGCAGCGCUAAAAUGUUUUUGUCUCAGCACAUACCAGCACAGAUGUUUAGUGGCAAGCAAAUGCAUAAGUUUGAAUUUUCUACUCUGGUUAGGUAUAUCUUGAAGAGCAGCAAAAACUUUGUCCUGCUUAGAGCUGAGACAAUGUCUAACUAAACUGGUGUCAUUUCUUAUCCUGUUACUAAUUUUGUUGUCAAUAAACUGUCUUAACCAUG